AUGCCUAGCCAUGCCUCUUGGCCGGUUUCUAGGCCCGGCAAGCGAGCAUCGGACCUUUUGUCGUCAUCUCUGCCCCCUGACUUUCUCGAGGAUCCUCUGGUUCCUCGCGAGAACGCUAAAAAGCCAUGGUAUCCAUGUGCUUCCGCCCCCUUUACGCCCAUGUUUUUUCUCCUCGCCCUCGUCGUGCUCGGUGGCUUGCUCGCGCGGUUCUGGCGGGCCAGACGCAAUAAUGCCGUCCUCUCACUCAGAGGGCCCGAAGCCCCGUCCUUCGUUUUUGGUAACAUGCUGCAGCUUCAAGGCUCAGCAACAUACGGAGAGCACGAAUACAAGUGGUUGGAGGAGUUUGGAACCGUAUACCCUGUCAAGGGCUGUCUGGGACAAACUCGACUUAUGAUAUCCGACCCUGAAGCCCUCAAAUACCUUCUCCACAACCAGAGUGUCAGCUGGGCCUCCACACAACAAAAGUCGGUUAAGAUGCUUUUCGGCUACGACUCUUUGUUUAUCUCUCGUGGCACGCGCCAUGCCCACCUUCGUCGCAUCAUGAAUCCCUGGUUCUCGGCGAGUAGCGUUCGGACCAUGCUGCCCAUAAUGCGAGAUGCGGCUCAACGGCUCGUCGAAAAUUGGGAGUCGCAGGGGUUCUUCGGCAAGACGGUCGACAUUUCUCCUACCUUGCAUACAGCUUCGAUGGAUGUGAUCUCAGAAACUCUAUUGGAGACGCCGAUGCAUGGCCUCGAAGGGAAGACCUCACUGUCACAAAUCCAGAACGUUCUCAUCGAUAACCUCUCGGGUGCGGGCAACGUUGGGCAGCUUAUGGAGGCCGUGAUACCAUAUAUACCCGACUGGCUAUUCAAGAUUCUACUUCGCCUUCCGAUCCCAGGGCUUGGUACUCUCAAAGACUAUCACCGCGUCACGGAUGAUCUCACCAUGAAACUUCUCGCGGCGAAGAGGGCCGCCGGUGAGACGAGCGACCGCAGUUUCGUCGGCAAACUAGCUUCAGCCAAUGACUUUUCUCGUCCUUGGACUGGCAUCAAGGAGAAAGACAUCCCCGUUCACGUCCGCUCAAUGCUUAUGGCUGGAGAUAGGACCACGGGAGACACUCUUUCCUGGGCCAUGUACCAGAUUGCGCGACUGCCUGAAUUCCAGGCCUCCCUUCGCAAAGAGGCCAGAGCCGCUCAGAUGAGCGGAGAAGAAAUCGAUUACGACAAACUUCCCCUGCUCAACGCGUUUCUCUAUGAGAUCCUUCGUUACUACCCGGCCCUUCCGCUGGCUGACCGUAUCGCCGUUGAGGACUUUGUCCUCCCGCUAUCGAAGCCGGUCAUCACCAAGUCAGGCGCCAGCAUCACACAAUUGCCGAUUCAAAAGGGGCAGGACAUCUAUUUGGCGCUCGCAUCUUAUCAUCGAAUGAAGUCGAUUUGGGGCGAGGAUGCCCACGAGUUCCGUCCAUCACGCUGGAUGGAAGCGGAACCGCCAGGCAAUGGUCUAGGUAUGGGGCAGCAUGGAGCUUUACUUGCCUUUUUGGCCGGCCAUGGAAUUUGCAUCGGCUAUCGUCUGGCCAUGCUCAACAUCCAAGUGCUUGUCUCAACCCUGGUCGCUAAGUUUGCAUUCGCGCUGCCCGAGGAUGACUCUGUUCGGCCCAGCUUUGUCAUCACGCUGGUGCCCAAGACUGGGGACGGAAAAUCAGCGCUGCCUGUCGUUGUGUCGAUGGCAGACUAG